AUGGCGAGGAAGCGAAACAUUGACAUUAAUGUCAUCUUCAAGUCUCGGCUCAUCGUCUUCGUCAUUGGCGAGAACAAGGUCGAAUACAAUGUCCAUGAGGCAGCAAUCAGCGGCCUCUCCGCGCCUCUCCGAGCGCUUGUGACCAACGGCAUGAAGGAGUCCGUGGAGGGGGUCGUUGCCUGGGAUGAGAUCGAGCCUGAGGUUUUCACACAAUUGGUGGAGUUCGCAUACGGUUACGACUUGAGCUUGCACGAUUACGACAUGAUAGAGAAGCCGAUGAAUAAAAACACGGAUGAGGUCGCAAUUGCAUCGAGAUCACUCCAGCAGCGCCUCUUGGUCGGAACGCUUCAGGCGCUUCGAGGACGGUAA